AUGCCCAGGCGAAGAGUGGUACCGGCUGCGGGGGGGAGACCGGACGAUCCCCUCAAUCAGGAGGGGGAGGAAUCCAAUUUUCAAGUUAAUCAACCUGCUUCCUCUGACGGUGCACCGCCCAGGGACCAGCCAGCCAGCCGGCCGAACCGUGCUCAUCGGGAGUGCUCGGGAUGCAGCGAUGGCGUGAAACGGGGGUGCGGCUGCGGCCGGUGUUUUUGCUGCUCCCGAGCCGCGCUUGACGACUUCAUGCAACAGAGGAUGUCUACUUGGGAGCCACUGCUGACUCCUAGACGGAUCUUAUUUGCAUUAUUCGUUUUUGGCAUGAUCUUUUUUGUUUUGGGACUUGUUAUCGUGUUAUUUGACCGCUCAAUCGUCGAGUGCAAGAUUAACUAUACGGAUAUGUCUGGUGACCUCAUGCUCAAGAUUGACGCUUCGACAUGCACGGAUACCACCAUUACGGAGAUUGAAGGAGAUGUCCUCCUGUACUACGAGCUGUCUAACUACUUCCAGAACCAUCGACGUUACAUGAAAUCGCUGUCUGACAAGCAGCUAGAGGGCACUGUCUACACAGCAGUGUCAGAUAUCAGCACGGCAUGCGAUCCGCGUGUCGAAUCGUCCGACGGCCGCGUGCUCCACCCAUGUGGACUGAGCCCGGCCGCUGUUUUCACCGACUCGUUCACCGUUUUCGCGGGAGAUCAGAAGACGGAGAUUGAACUUGAUGAAUCUCGAGAGGCCAUUUGCUGGGAUUUUGACCUCUCAACGUUUAAGAACCCCACCGCAGAGGAAAUGAGGAGCGCCGUUGGUCAAGUCAAUUUCUGGUUGUAUGACCAAAAGCUUGUGGAGGCACUUCACAUGAAUAAGACAGGCGUGGGCUGGGGGGUCGAGAACUCGCACUUUAUUGUAUGGAUGCGCGACGCGGGGCUGCCAGCCUUCCGCAAGGUUUACGGGAGGUUCGUGGCACAGCCACUUAAGCUGCCUUUUUAUAUCAAGGUGACGAACAAUACGUAUGAUGUCGCGUCCUUCGGAGGCACUAAGAGUGUUGUAGUCACCCAGGCCUCGUGGCUUGGUGGCCGGUCGGCUUUCCUCGGCAUCGCUUACCUUGUUGUGGGGAGCGUCUCCCUCGUCGUCUUUGCCGUAUUUUUUUACUACCACAGACGGAAUCCAAGGCAUCUAGGAGAUGUCUCUUGGUUGCGGCGCGCGCUGUACUCUUGA